GGAGGUGGCGCACGUCCCAACCUGCCCGGGGCGGUGGUCGGCGGCGUGGCCGAGGCAGGGCGGGCCUCCCGAGGCCGCGCCCGCCGCCCGCCUGGGACUCCGGCCUCGGCCCCGUGCCGUUGGGCCGGUCGCUGGUUCUUGACGGAUUUUGAUCUUUGUUCUCCCAGGCCCGGCUCCCCUUCCUGGUCUCUCUUCUCUCACUGGGCCGGUUUAUCAGGAGAAGAUUGUUUUCCAGGGCUAGAAAUUGGACUUCUGAUGAUGUUUGACCCAGCGGCAGCAAUAGCAGGCAACGUGAUUUCAAAGCUGGGCUCAGCUUUUGUUUCUUGCCUCUUGUAAUCACAAACCCAUUUUGGACCAGGAAUUCCAAUCAUGUCUGUGAUGGUGGUGAGAAAGAAGGUGACACGGAAAUGGGAGAAACUCCCAGGCAGGAACACCUUCUGUUGUGAUGGCCGCGUGAUGAUGGCCCGGCAAAAGGGCAUCUUCUAUUUGACCCUCUUCCUCAUCCUGGGGACGUGUACACUCUUCUUCGCCUUCGAAUGCCGCUACCUGGCUGUCCAGCUGUCUCCUGCCAUCCCUGUGUUUGCUGCUGUGCUCUUCCUUUUCUCCAUGGCUACACUGUUGAGGACCAGCUUCAGUGAUCCUGGAGUGAUCCCUCGGGCCCUACCAGAUGAAGCAGCUUUCAUAGAAAUGGAGAUAGAAGCUACCAAUGGUGCAGUACCCCAAGGCCAGCGACCACCCCCUCGUAUCAAGAAUUUCCAGAUAAACAACCAGAUUGUGAAGCUGAAAUACUGUUACACAUGCAAGAUCUUCCGGCCUCCCCGGGCCUCUCAUUGCAGCAUCUGUGACAACUGUGUGGAGCGCUUCGACCAUCACUGCCCCUGGGUGGGGAAUUGUGUUGGAAAGAGGAACUACCGCUACUUCUACCUCUUCAUCCUUUCUCUGUCCCUCCUCACGAUCUAUGUCUUUGCCUUCAACAUCGUCUACGUGGCCCUCAAAUCCUUGAAAAUUGGCUUCCUGGAGACAUUGAAAGAAACUCCUGGAACUGUUCUGGAAGUACUCAUUUGCUUCUUCACACUCUGGUCCGUCGUGGGACUGACUGGAUUCCACACUUUCCUUGUGGCUCUCAACCAGACAACCAAUGAAGAUAUCAAAGGCUCAUGGACAGGGAAGAAUCGUGUCCAGAAUCCCUAUAGCCAUGGCAAUAUUGUGAAGAACUGCUGUGAAGUGCUGUGUGGCCCCUUGCCCCCCAGUGUGCUGGAUCGAAGGGGUAUUUUGCCACUGGAGGAAAGUGGAAGUCGACCUCCCAGUACUCAGGAGGCCAGUACCAGCCUCUUGCCUCAGAGCCCAGCUCCAACAGACCAUCUAAGCUCCGAUGAGAUGCCGGAGGACACCAGCACUCCUGAAGAGAUGCCACCCCCAGAGCCCCCAGAGCCCUCACAGGAGGCCACUGAAGCUGAGAAGUAGCCUGUCUAUGGAAGAGACUUUUAUUGUGUCUGAUUAGGGCUGUGAGAGAUUUAAUGGGAGAAGAUAACCUGAGACAGAGAGCAAGUAAGCUGUUCCUAUUACUGUUUUUCUUUGGUCUUUAUUCACCCAGUUGUAAACUGGCAUUUUCUUGCUGCAAGCUUUUUUAAAUUUCUGGACUCCAAGCAGUUGCAGAAGAUGUCAAUCACCUCUGGUAACUGGACAAAUGGGUCCCUUGGGCCCUGGCACUGGUUUUCCAUGGCCUCAGCCACAGAAGCUCCUUGGACUCCCCUCUCUUCCCAGAUCCCAGCUCUCCUGCUUGGGGUCACUGGCCCAAUUCUGGGGUAAAGGUUCUUGAGACUGGCUCAAAUCCUCUCAAGCUGCUGCACAUCAUGAGUCCAGGGGCAGUCACAGAGAACUCUGGCCAGGGAAUUCUAACUGGAUUCUUGAGGCCUUCAGAAUGGAGGGGGAUGGAGAGUGGGGUUGGAAGAUUCUCCUGGCUACAAAGUGCCAACAUUGCCAGCAAAUCCUUUCAGGAAUGGGGUAGGCAGUUUCCACUUGUUGUAUUUAUUCGUGCAGCUUCUCCUUUGUCCCCUGUCCACUCUCUAACGCCCAAGCCCCACUCUUUUCCAGUGAGAUAUAUGUAAGUAAUUGCAGUAUAGAUAACAAUUCACAUUUCUCGUAGACUACCCAGAAACUUUUUAAUACCUGUGCCGUUCUCAGUAAGAACUUAUGAGAUGCCAACGGCACGGCCCCUCGCACUCUCUGUCUCAUCUCUCUUCCUCUCUCAUUAGCCCCUUUUAAUUUGUUUUCCUUUUGACUCUUGUUCCCGUUGGGAGCAGGAACGGCAGUAAUAAAAGUCUGCACUUUGGUGGUUCCUUUUCCUCAGAGGAAUCCCGAGUGCUCACUUAAACACUACCCCCUCAGACUCCCUGUGUGAGGCCUGCAGAGGCCCUGUAUGCACAAAUGGGGAAACUAAGGCACAGAGAGGCUCUCCUCUCCUCUCCCCCUAUGUCCCCUCAAAAAA